AUGGAUUCUAUAUGGAGUUUGUUGUGUGUACAUAUAGGUACACAUAUGAUGGGGAUUUAUAUGCACAGGGACUUAACAAGAAUUCAUCCUUUGUUUAUGGCAAUGCAUGAUUUUUGUACAUGUACUGCUAUUAAGCCAGGUAUUUCCCAUCUUACAUUUGUGCCUCUGGUUUUUCCUCCCCAAGUGCAGAACCUGACAUUUGUCGCUGUUGAAAUUCAUUUUGUUAGCUUGGGCCCAGUUCUCCAACCCAUUGUCAUUUUGAAUUCAGAUUUUGUCUUACAGGCUUCCUCAACCUUGGGCCUCCAGAUGUUUUGA